AUGAAGACCGGAGAGAGCGGCCUCACCGUCUUCAGGCUGCUCACCAAGGACAACCGGUGGACGUGGGUCCAGGCCAACGCCCGGCUCGUCUACAAGAACGGAAAGCCGGACUACAUCAUCGCCACCCAGAGGCCUUUGGUGGAUGAGGAAGGAGGGGAACACCUGAGGAAGCGAUCUAUGCACCUUCCUUUUACCUUCGCCACCGGAGAGGCGCUGCUCUACCAGACCGGUCAUCCACUGCACGGCUUCCCUGAUUCCUUCCAGGGCAAGGCCAAAGGCAGCAAGUCCAAGAAGGGCAAACUGGACAAGAGCUCUGCAGAUGAGCUGGACCCAAAGUCCCUGCUGGGAGCUCUGAUGAGCCAGGACGAGUCUGUGUACGUCUGCCAGCCCAGCACAGAGCCUAAAAUGUCCUAUCAGAGCAGCCUUGUUAGCGAGCAGCAAAGCGAGACUGAUGGUUUCAGCGGUUUAUUUGGUGGUGACGGCUGGCAAAUUGUUUCUGACGUGGAGACAGGAAGAUGCAACGGUAAAACACCCAGUUUUGACCCUCUGCUGGCCACCUUGGACUCCUUAUCUCUCGACGGUGACGAGACGUGCUCCAACAGCGAGCUCUUCAGCGCUCUGGAGAACCUGGGCCUGAACGCCGAAGACCUCGAGCUCCUGCUGCUGGACGAGAGGAUGAUUCAGGUGGAGCUGGACCCCAACCACAUCCCCUCCCUCAGCGACCUUCUCACCAACAAUGAAAUCCUCUCCUAUAUCCACGACUCCCUGGAGAGUGGCACAGAGGGAGGGGAACAUGGUGGAUUCGGACUUUCAGGCCAUCCGCCGAACACAGACUCCGCUCCCCAAAGUGUCUCCCAGCAGGAGCGUUCCACACCUGCCGUCCCUGCAGCUCCUCCCGGCAGCAGGCCGCCCAUCGUCCAGCUCUCACAACAGAUGCAGCAGCACGUCCGUGCAGGUGAGCUGGAGAAAGGUCAGCUGGGACAGAUCCAGCCUGAAGCUGUGGACACCAACAUUUUACCCAACGGUCACUGGAUGGUCACCACAGAGAACCUCCAUCACCCCAACAACCACACCCAUCACCACCCACAUACUGUGCUCAAAGCCUCACAGUUGAGCAGUGAUCAUAAACACCUUCAGUCACUUCUGGGGUUGAGUCAGUGGCAGCUCCAACAAGACCAGUACUCAGAGCACCUCCAGUCCCACCAGCAGGAACACAGCCAGGGCGCUUUGUUACCUGGUCUCCACAACCAGCUCGCACUGACCACGAGCAGAUCUCACAUCUCAAACGGACACGCGGCCUUCCCGCCAGACGGGGAGGUCGAGCACACGGGCUACGGCAUCUCCAACACGCCGUAUAACGUCGGCACCGUACUGAGCGGCGUGAUCACGCAGGAUGUUUGGCCCCACCAGCUGCAGGCUCACCAGAAACACCAGCAGACGAUGCAGCAGACUCAGGUUCCUCCAUCGUGUUUGUCCCAGUGUCCCAGUCAGAGCUCUCUGGACCUAGAGCAGCUCCUGGGUCUGUCCCAGCCGCAGCACAGCCUGCCGUCUCUGGAGGCCUACAGCAUGUUCAGCACCGGUGCAGAGGAUCACGGCAAGCUGGAGAACGGCUGCCUCCUCAGUGCCACCAACGCGGCGUACAUCAAGACGUGUCUGAUGCCCAAUGGAAACGGAGUGGCGACGGACGACAUCUCUGUCUCGUGCCCCGAGGGCCUCGCUGCUCUACAGGACCCACAGAAAUCUGGAUUCUUGCUCUGAAAAAGAGGAGGCGAGAAAAGAAGGUAGAGAAGGAAAACUCAAGCUGCACUCAGAGAACCGAGCUCUCGCAGAUAACCUAACGACGGUUAUAACGGGGGAAAGACAAAUCAAGCUUUUUACUCGAGUUGUGCGCUCACUGAAAGUUUUGUGUCCAUGUUUCAGGUUUGUGUUCUUUUAUCAAAUCACCUGAACAUCAACCAAAACUCAUCCAUACACUGUGACGACAGAAGCGGUUCGUUUGUCUCACGUUGAUCUAAUAACCUGAUGACGAGCAGUUUUAGUGCCAUUUAAUAAGUUUCAACACUGGACUGUGAAGCUAAACCGGGCCUCACGUUCGUAAUGUGCACUCUUCACACUGCUGACCUAAAGCGUUCUGAACCUUGAAUCAUUUUCUACUCUGCAAGUAUCUGUGGCUUUUGUUAGCAAGUUCCAAACUCUUCAUUUCUGUCCAUCGACUGAAACCAGUGGUUUUAAAUUUAAGGUUAAUAAAAAAAAAAAAUAUAUAUAUAUAUAGUAUGCUUUUAAAAAUUGUUGCAGUGGCCGAAUGAUGCAAAACCACAUAAGUGGAGAUUUAAACGUUAACAGGAGUGAGCAUUUGAAUCUGUGUGUGAGUGUUAGAACAUGCUGCUUUCAUUAGAGUAUUUACUGCUCAACACGUCUGCUGGUAAUCUGGUUCUGCUAAUGCAGGAAUGUGAACGCUUCGUCUCGUAAUCCUGCUCCGUGCGUAAAGUGGAGACAGCAGUGAGAUUCGAACACACCGACAGAUUAUUCAAACUUCAGUGAUCGCUCGUCACCUAGAUGUAGAUGUUUGGCUUCGUAGAUGUUGUUCGUCCUGGUGCUUUACGUGUCGACAAAACAGCAUUUCAUUCGUCGUGGUUUGUAUUGUUGAGAUGAGAUUUAAGCUAAUUAUAAAAAGGUUGAAACCAGAAGCAGUUUAAAGUUGUUUCUCUAUCACAACAUUUGUCCUAAUGCUGCAUUUUAGCCUGUUUGAGGUUUACAGUGAUGUUGUGCACUUACAUGUAUUUUACAGACGUAAUCAGAGAGGAUCUGAUUCGUCCGUCAGUGGCACUGGAAUCAAACAAAAAAGCAUUUUUGUUUCCCGACCGGAGACAGUGUGAGAAUCUCCCAUUAAUGCCUUGUCUGGGCGGCUGCGGCCAGUCAGACUCCCGCUUACUUUUAUCCUGCAGUCAUGUCAUGUGGGAAACACUGAGUGCACUUACAUGCACACAGUAAUCCAUUAAGGACCUAAGUGUAAAUAAUAGAUCACAACUGAAGGUGAAGGAGGAGGUGCAUGGACGUAUUUUUCUCAAGAUUUGAUUUCUGUAAUCACUAAAUUGUUAUUAUUAGUAAUAUUAUUAUUCCAUGAUUGAGAGAAUAUCUGCACUCAAAUGUAGGAAGAUUCAUUUGAACUAUUAUUAUUUUCAUAUCUGGCCGGAAACAGACAGAAACUCUGAACUCUGAGGUAAAGUUGUUUUCUGUCGGUUCGGAUGCAGACGAGACAUUUCAGCUUUUGUUCAAUCCACCGUUUCAAUCGUAGAAGACAGAAAACAGGGACAGACACUUCCACACAUCUGUCUCACGCAGUUCAGUGUCUCAUUGUCAAACAAACUAACUCACCAGGCGAUUUGUCUCAACUUGAGAAAUCUGAACAACACAACAAAACCUGCAAUGAAAAGAAUCAUCACCUGGACCCACGGCCGUCAGUGGGACAUGAAAACUCACGUUGCGUUCAUGUCAUGUCAGAUUUAAUGGAAAUGAUAGUUGCAGUUUCUUAUUGGGAAUUACUAUCGAAUAAUUUUGAAUUCACAACGUCCAGUUGUGUGAAGUCGUUCACAAAACAUCUCACUCAACUCUAGCGUCAUCGUGCAGGAGGAAAGUUGAAUUAAAACUUAAACCAAUGAAACCCAAUUAAAAAAUGAGUUGUAUAUAUUCUGAUGUUUUACUCGAUGAAUAUUCUCACGUCUGAUAUGACAUGAAUGUAGUUUCACUCACAUCGAAAGGUCUUUAAGAGAAGGAGCUUCCCCCACAGAAGCCGGAGUGUUGAGGACGGACCGGACAGCAUUUAACACCGACUCAGAAACCAAAUGAGAAACAUGCAAACACGCGUGUGUCUGCAGUUGCUCCAUCGUUGAAUGUCUUGGGUUAAAACUGUAAAGAUGUUUAAAACAUGAAGCUUUUAUUUCACUACAAAAGAAAUCAUCAUUCAAAGGUGUUCUGUCGAUAUUGACGGCGUCAGCUGAUCGUCUCUUCGACAAAACGCCUUCACGGAUUUGCCUCUUGUCCGUUUUCCUUUUUC